UCAACGUACAAGACAAACAAGUAUAAGUUUCCACUGGUUGAGAUGGUUGGGAUGACUCCAACGAACCAGAACUUUUUGAUUGGUUAUGCAGUUAUGAAGGAUGAGACGGUUGCGAGUUACCGUUGGGUUUUGGAGAAGUUGAGAAAUUACAUCGGCCCAAGUGUUCAGCCCGGUGAAUAUGCCCGGCACCGGCAGAAUGGACAUUGAACAUUUUCCAUAUAAAGACAGGAUCCCUAACAUCAUGAUGCCGUUCCUGGACGGGUGGAAUGAUGUGGUUGCAGAUGGUAACUGUGGAUUUCGGGUUGUGGCUGAUGUGUUUCAGAUGGGUGAAGACAACUACGGUUUAGUGCGUCAGUUGAUGUACAGUGAAAUCGCCUCAAACCGAGCUGUUUAUCGCCACGUGUACGGACAGGACUUGGAUAGGUCUCUGCAGCGUAUCCGGUGGGGAGGAGGACGUUGCGGUCAAAAUCAUUGGUUCGACGCGCCCCUUGAUCUCUUCGCCGUUGCAAACAUCUACAAGUGUGCAGUGAUGCAUUUCGGCCUUGGUUUGCAUGCUCGAGCUUACUAUCCGUGUACCACGGUUCUGCCUUGGUGUUCGCGUGAGACCGUCACCAGACCGGUAAGAGAGGUUGCUAUUGGAUUUCUGGGGCCGUCAUACAGACAUUUCAUCCGACUGGACCUGUCACCCGAUUUUCCGGUCCCACCGAUUAUACCAACGUGGUACACCAUUCGUACAGCAAGCGUAGAGGGCUGGGAUGCGUUAUAUCAUGACCGGGUGCAGCAGUGGAACAAUCUAGUUGCCUUUUCUAUGUGACCUAAUAUUGCUAUUGCUAUGUUUUUCCCAUUUAUUUAAUUUUCGGAUUCUAAUUUUCGUA